AUGAGGUGCAAAGAGUUCAGUGUAUGUCGGAAUGCACCUCCUCCUAGAGAGGCUGAUUGGAUGCAUGCUGGAGAGAAAUCUGAUGAGGGUAAUAUAACUGGGAAAUUGUGGAGACAUUGUGAGCAUCUUAAUCAGCAUUCCAAGAUUCAUGCUCAGCAGCAGGCUUUUGAAUAUAGUGGACAAUGGAAAUCCUUCAACACAGAGCCAAUAUUAUUGGAACAGAUGAAAGAGUAUAUGGGAGAGACAUCCUGCAAAUUUGAUUAUGGGAAAGUCUUUCAUAAGUCAGCUGUUCUUGCCAAAGAGACAAUUCCAGUAUCAGAGAAAUCUUUUCAAUUUGACAUAUGUUGGAGAAAGUUCUGUGAAAAUUAUGAACUCACUGAACAGCAGAAAGUACACUCAGAGGAGAAACCCUAUAAAUAUAGUGAAUGUGAUAAAUCAUUCAUGAAGAAAUUACCCCUUACAAUCCAUAAGAUAACACAUACAGGGGAGAAGCUAUAUGUGUCUAAUGAAUGUGGGAAAACUUUUCACAAGUCCUCAAACCUCAGCAAGCAUCAGAGAAUUCACACAGGUGAGAGACCAUAUGAACAUAGCGAAUGCCAAAAUACCUUUCCUGAGAAGUCAAACCUCAACAAGCAUAAGAGAAUUCACACAGGGGAGAAACCAUAUGAAUGUAGAAAAUGUAAGAAAGCUUUCAACCAUAACUCAUACCUCAGGGUACAUCACAGAUCCCACACAGGUGAGAAACCUUAUGAAUGCAAAGAAUGUAGAAAAACUUUCUACUGUAAAUCACACCUCAGUGAACAUCAGAGAACUCACACAGGUGAGAAACCAUAUGAAUGUAAAGAAUGUAGAAAAACUUUCUACUGUAAAUCACACCUCAGUGAACAUCAGAGAACUCACACAGGUGAGAAACCAUAUGAAUGUAAAGAAUGUAGAAAAACUUUCUACCGUAAAUCACAUCUCAAUGAACAUCAGAGAACUCACACAGGUGAGAAACCAUAUGAAUGUAAAGAAUGUGGAAAAACUUUCUACUGUAAAUCAAAUCUCAGUGUACAUAAGAGAAUUCACACAGAUGAGAAACCAUAUGAAUGUAAGAAAUGUAAGAAAGCUUUCAACCGUAAGUCACACCUCAGUGUACAUCAGAGAACUCACACAGGUGAGAAACCAUAUGAAUGUAACGAAUGUGGAAAAACUUUCUACUCUAAAUCAAACCUCAGUGUACAUAAGAGAAUUCACACAGGUGAGAAACCAUAUGAAUGUAAGAAAUGUAAGAAAGCUUUCAACUGUAAGUCACACCUCAAUGUACAUCAGAGAACUCACACAGGUGAGAAACCAUAUGAAUGUAAAGAAUGUAGAAAAACUUUCUACUGUAAAUCACACCUCAGUGAACAUCAGAGAACUCACACAGGUGAGAAACCAUAUGAAUGUAGUGAAUGUGGAAAAACCUUUCACAGGAAGUCACACCUCAGCAGGCAUCAGAGAAUUCACACAGGUGAGAAACCAUAUGAAUGUAGUGAAUGUGGAAAAACCUUUCAUGAAAAGUCAAAUCUCAUCAAGCAUCAGAGAAUUCACACAGGUGGGAAACCAUAUGAAUGUAGUUAAUGUGGAAAAACCUUUCACAGUAAGUCACUUCUCAGUGGGCAUCAGAGAAUUCACAGAGGUGAGAAACCAUAUAAAUGUAGUGCAUGUGGAAAAACCUCUCACAGGAAGUCACACCUCAGCAGGCAUCAGAGAAUUCACACAAGUGAGAAUCCGUAUGAAUGUAGUGAAUGUGGAAAAACCUUUCAUGAGAAGUCAAAUCUCAACAAGCAUCAGAGAAUUCACACAGGUGAGAAACCAUAUGAAUGUAAAGAAUGUAGAAAAACUUACUCCAGUAAAUCAUGCCUCAGAGGACAUCAGAGAACUCACACAGAU